AUGUACCAAGGUGGAGUGGCAGAGCCCUUGGCUUUGGAUGCUCACCCCGGAUUCGCUUUCAAAAAAUCUGCGUAUGCUACUUUCCGCUACGAGACCGACGAAGAACGCGGCCUAGACAUGGCUUCUCCCCUCCGCACCAGUGGUGGUCGCCAACGUAGUCAAUCGAUCCAGAGAGAUAUGUCGCAGACUUCUCCACAGCGCCAGACUUCCCCCAUGAAACUGGCAGAACCUCUCCCCGCACUUUACGUGAAAGCGCUGUACGACUAUAAUGCCGAUGAUCGGGCUAGCCUCAGUUUCCGCCAGGGCGAUGUCAUCCAGGUCCUUAAUCGACUCGAGACUGGAUGGUGGGACGGCGUUAUCGGUAAUGUCCGGGGGUGGUUUCCUAGCAACUAUUGUACAAUAAUCACCAAUCCAGACGAAAUCGAGCACUACACCUCUCGCCGAAUGAUGAUGAUGGCUGACCCUGGCGAUGUUAGUGCAGAGUCAGGUGCCGAAGAUGAAUAUGAGGAUGACCAAGAGGAUGAAUUCGACGUAGAUCACCAGCGCGAUUCACAACCGAUACUACCCAUCGAAGGUGUUCCUCAGAUGGACCAAGAGGAAGCCGCAUAUUGGGUCCCUCAAGCGACCGCAGAUGGCCGCUUAUUUUAUUUCAAUACCUUGACAGGAACAAGUACGAUGGAGUUGCCUUUGGAGAACCCGUUGCUAGCAAAUGAGACCGGCCCACGCGAUCGCAACAAUUUCUUCGUUCCUGACCAGACUCGUCCACCGCCGGAGAUGAUGGCUCGUGGUGUCGAACGCGACGAAGAUGAUUACGACGGCUCCGGCUCAGAAGGAGAAGGCGAAUCAUUAAUGCUGGCUUCUCACGAUUCUAUGUCUCGGAGACGUCGGUCGUUGGCAGAUGACGUCUCACCUGCUACCUCCAUGGAUUCUCUCGGCCCAUCGCCUGUGACUAAAUCGUCCCAACAUACUACAGCACACUCGGGUCAGGGUUACUACCAUUAUUCCAAAGACUCAACAUCUUUCGCCACGCCUAAUGGAUCCUUAAUUCCACGACACUUCGUAGAUGAUACACCGGGCUCUCGAAUCGGCUGGGCCGAUUUACUCGAAAACAUGCGUCAUGCUAUUGACGCUUACCGACAAGUUGUUAGAAACGGCGAGCGCAGCGAAUAUGUUCGAAAAGCAGAGGACAUUUCAGACCAUCUUCGCAUGUUACUCGCUGCUGGGUCAGACACGACAGACAAUCACUCCGGAAGCCCCUCAAUUAUCGCACCAAAUCGCGCCUUGUAUCCACAUUUCCGAGACAUGAUGUCGAAAUUCUCCAAGUUAGUUUUGUCUUCGCACAUUGCUGCAGCGGACUGGACGAGUCCUGAUUCUGCCUCGAAAUGUUUGCAAGAGGCAGAUGGCGUUUGGCAGGGGGUCUCCGGAUACGUACAGGUUGCGAGUCAACAGCGCGGUGAUAAUGUCAAUCGUAUCGUCCCCGGAUUUGUCAUCAACAGUUCCACGGGUGGUCACUGGCAGAAUAAUGGUAUUCGAACUGGUGAAUCAGGUGCAACCUCCUUCCUGGAUCCGGAUGGCCAGGAUUCCAGCCAGGAGCCUUCUGUUCCGCUAGAUGCUGCGCUAGUUGAUCAGAUUGACUCUAUGAGAAAGGCCAUUGUGCUCGGCAUCAGAAAGAUAGAUGAGCACCUAAAAAUGGAACAGAAAACGAUUACUCCCCGACAACAUCAAGCUCUUGGUGACGCUAUCUGCUUUGCUGCUCUGAACGUCGUUGAGAAGUAUAGACCCUGGAUCUCCACGGUCGAAUCGAUAAACUUGGGCCCUCUAGGAACGAGUCUGCAGAACCCACAGCUGGUUGACUUUGGCUUACAGAAACAGAGAGUAUACGAAACCAUGGCUGAUCUUGUCCUCAGUUGUCAAGCUGUUUCGGCUCCGCUUGGUGAUGAGUGGGCUGAACUACGCAGAGAGUCUAUUGAAGAUCGUCUCAAUAACGUGCGAAGUGUGGCUCGCCAGUUAGAAGGCUCUAUCUCUCAAAUAGGAUUCUCUUUAUCACUUUUGCAGGAGCAGAUUCCACAGACGCCCCAUGAUCCUAAUGGCCAGACUCACUUCGUCAACGAUAAUGAAGGUUCUGAUUCUAUGCUAAACCGCGAACCGGGCAGACGACGGGGCACCGCUUCCUCGAUCCCGACCGUGCCAUUGGCAACUCUUAGUAUUGAUGAUGACGACACGCAAGUGCGCCGAAAUAUGAACAAAGCACAGCGGUUCUUUGGUCAAGCUCCUCCCUCUACAAUUACAAGAGAACCCCUAAGGGAGCCUGUUUCACUACCAGAAGAAACUCCUUGGUUCUUGAACUUUGAUCAUGAAGGCGAAGUCUUUUAUGAUAACAAAGCCGAUGUCCCCACACUCAAAUGCGGUACGCUCGAGGGGUUGGUGGCACAAUUGACGCGCCACGACAAAUUGGAUGCCUCUUUCAACAACACUUUCUUACUGACAUAUCGCUCCUUUACCACUGCUUCGGAGCUCUUCGACAAGCUUGUGCAAAGAUUUAGCAUCCAGCCGCCAUAUGGCCUGACUCCAGACGAACUGCGAAUGUGGAUUGACCGCAAACAAAAACCCAUUCGAUUCCGCGUGGUUAAUAUUCUCAAGACUUGGUUUGAGAACUACUGGAUGGAGUCGAAUGAUGAAGGGAACAUGAACCUUCUCCGCCAAGUGCAUGCUUUCACCCAAGACUCGAUUGCUACGACUAAAACUCCAGGAUCACCACAAUUGUUGAGUGUUAUUGAACAGCGACUACGUGGUCAGGAUACGACAGUCAAGAAGCUCGUUCCUACGCAGAACAUGGCCACGCCGACCCCAAUCGUUCCGAAGAAUAUGAAGAAACUUAGAUUCCUUGAUAUUGACGCAACUGAAUUCGCCAGACAACUCACGAUCAUCGAAUCGAGGCUGUACGGCAAGAUUCGUGCUACAGAAUGUCUUAAUAAAACGUGGCAGAAGAAAAUCGGUCCAGGAGAGACCGAACCAGCUGCAAAUGUCAAGGCUUUGAUUCUACACUCUAACCAGCUGACCAACUGGGUUGCUGAAAUGAUCUUGACGCAAGGCGACGUCAAGAAGCGAGUUGUUGUCAUCAAGCACUUUGUUAACGUGGCAGAUAAAUGUCGCGCUCUGAACAAUUACUCUACGCUUACUUCUAUCAUUUCAGCACUUGGUACGGCCCCGAUUCAUCGUUUGUCCCGGACAUGGGCCCAAGUCAGCGGCCGAACUUCGACUAUUCUCGAGCAAAUGCGCAGGCUUAUGGCGAGCACGAAGAACUUCGGUGAAUAUAGGGAAACUUUACAUGCGGCAAACCCGCCAUGUAUUCCUUUCUUUGGCGUGUACUUGACCGAUUUGACUUUCAUUGAAGACGGUAUUCCAUCGCAUACGCCAUCCGAUCUCAUUAACUUCAACAAACGAGCAAAGACUGCUGAAGUGAUCCGCGACAUUCAACAAUACCAGAAUGUGCCUUACCAAUUGCAACCCGUUCCCGAGCUGCAGGAUUACAUUUUAAGUAACAUGCAGGCUGCAGGCGAUGUUCACGAGAUGUAUGAGCGCAGCUUGGAAGUGGAGCCUAGAGAGCGAGAAGACGAAAAGAUUGCUAGACUACUUUCGGAAUCGGGCUUUCUAUAAAGAAGCCCUAACGAUCGAUAGUUAAGACAAGCCGGCCUGUUCACAAUGAGAUAUACGACUGGGUCCCUCGACAACGAAUCACAGCAAUGCGGCGUUCGGGGCCCUACCUAUACGGGAAAAAGUAAUAUACACAGCAUCCUACAAAUUGACACUUCAGUGGAGUCCACUUUCUAUUUUGAGCUCGUUCAAUCUGGGUGGAUCGGCCGUUAUGACGGCUCCUCGGGACCUUACGGAGUUCGGACUGGCGGCCUUGAGAGCGGGCCGUGUCUGAUGAUUGAUCAGCAUGCCGAUUGAGCCUUAUAUGCAACGCUGACACAUUAGACUGCGUACUGCGUUCGGCGUCCUGAAAGAAUCCCGGUAAUCAAGCAGGACUCACGGGACACACCGCUAAGUCUAUUGAUCCUGUUGGAUGUUGGAAACUAGCCGGAUAGAGCGAGUUGACCGGCCUUACGUACAGACGUCAGGUACGAUACGCAUUCAUUCUACUUCUCUAACCUCCUUGCAACCCGGGGUCUUUUAUUGAUACCUUUUGGCAUCCCGAUGUGGCGAAAUAAUUCGAUUUUUAUGAUAAAGCCGAGUGACUCUCCUGAGGUUGAACGGGUCCGAGAUGCUUGAAUUUUUGUUGUACAUACACAAUUUCUUUCACACCACUACCAAGCAUCUUGCUUAUACUCUUGUGAUGCUUCACGUUCUCUGGAUAUAUAUCUUACGAUUUCUCACUGCCCGGCUGAUCUUACCACUUCUCAGUCCUUAUAUUCUCUUUUCUUUACGACAUUCUUGUAUCUAUCAUUCUUGAUUGAUCUGUCUCAUAUGGUUGGAAACUUUUUAAGUGUUUAUUGUUGGAGUCUCUGGUUAUUGGAGUACGGUAUGCUAUGAAUCGUUGAUGUGGAUUGGAUCGGAUGUUGGGUUUCGGCAGCUGCAAUAAUUGCUUAUCUUAUGAAUGACAUGUGAUAAUUUCAUUUCCGGCGGCC